GCCUAAGAAAAUAGUCAAAGUCAUUGUGAAAAGUGAAGCAUAAAAAUUACUUUUUGAAAAUGUCGGAAAAAAAUGAUCUUAUAUUUUGUCCAUUUGACAAGUCUCAUAUAAUUUUGCGCAGUCGCAUGGCCGUACACUUGAUCCGUUGUGCCCGAAAUAAUACCGACUCCAAGAAGGUCUCCUGUCCCUUCAAUGGGACGCAUCUGAUUGAUGCUAACGAAAUUAAGAAUCAUGUCGAGAAUUGUCCAAACCGUUCAACGUUUGAAAAUUUUUUAAAAAUGGACAAAAAGCCGGAUGUUGCCUCCAAUCACGGCUGCGGGAAGAUCCGCUGCCCGUUCAAUGCAAUGCACAAAUACACCACACACGAAAUGAAGACUCAUGUCAAGGAAUGUCCAAAUCGCUCGCCAUAUAUUCCGCAUGCCGCCAUUGAUCAAGCGUUCAAAUAUAAAAGCAAGUCCUCUGAGAAUUGGGACGACGAACCGCCGGUGGGAACCUACGACCCCAAAGCUAGCUGGGCCGAAAAAUUCGUUAUCGGCAAUCCGCAGGGCAAAACCCCGUCUGAGAAACGCGCUUUUCGUGAGCUAGAACGUAAACGUUUCGAGGAAAACGGCAAAUUUUAGGAACAAAAGAAAAAAGCUUUUGGCUAACCAAAGAAAAAUUACUUAUAAUCAAUCAAAUGCUACGUUCAAUUAAAAUCAAUAAAGGUGCCCCGUAUUA